GUCACUCUCUAGCAUUGUACAGUUAGAGGUCUGAGUAGACUGCAGUGAAAAGCAACGGGGGAAAUUGUACAGUAUAAUAAUCUGUCACUGGAGUAGCGACCGGCAGACCGGCUGCAAUCCUCAUCGUUUGAAUGUCUGGUGACACAGCGCGAGAGGUGGGCUUCGAUUGUCAAGUCGCAAAGGUGCAUUCAACAGCAGAUAUAACGUCGGGGAUGGAACAAGUCAAAUUGAGCGAUCGGUUCGACUGCGACAACUGCAAGGAGUCCCUGUACGGACGCAAGUACAUCCAGGCGGAUGGGGGAGAGGGGGACAACCCCUACUGCAUCCCCUGUUACGACAGCCUGUUCGCCAACACCUGCGACGAGUGCAAGGAGCUAAUCGGCCAUGACGCCAGGGAGCUGUUCUACGAGGACCGGCACUACCACGAGCACUGUUUCCGUUGUUUCCGCUGUGACCGCUCGCUGGCGGACGAGCCCUUCACCAGCCAGGAGGAGGCGCUGCUGUGCAACGACUGCUACUGCAACGAGUUCUCAUCCAAGUGUGUGGCCUGCGACAAGACCGUCAUGCCAGGCACAAGGAAGUUGGAGUAUGGUGGCUCCACAUGGCACGAGGGCUGUUUUAUCUGCCACAGCUGUGAGCAGCCCAUUGGCUCCAAGUCCUUCAUCCCAGACAAGGAUGAACACUACUGCGUGCCCUGCUACGAGGACAAGUUCACCCCGCGCUGCACCCGCUGCAAAAAGGCCCUGGCUAAAGGGGGCGUGACAUAUCGGGAUGAGCCGUGGCACAAGGAGUGCUUUGUGUGUACGGGCUGCAAGGUGCAGCUGGCAGGGCAGCACUUCACCUCGCGCGAAGACAGCCCCUACUGCCUCAAGUGUUUCGGCAGCCUAUACUCCAAGAAGUGUGAGGCCUGCAGCAAGCCUAUCACAGGUUUUGGUGGAGGGAAGUACAUCUCAUUUGAGGAGCGCCAGUGGCACCAGCCCUGCUUCACCUGCACAGAGUGCUCUGUCUCUCUGGUGGGGGCGGGCUUCUUCCCCAAUGGAGACCAGAUCCUGUGUCGCGACUGCAACACCAAUAGCAAUCUAUAAACCCCCCUAACACACACAAACACUGCUUCGCCCCUCUCCUCACACACUCCCGCCUAGGUCAACCCCAGGGCCCCCCAUCACUGCCAAGGUUGUUAACACAGACCCACAGACUGCCUCUCAGGUCAUGCCCACACACACACACCUUGCUCACUAGACCACAGCUCGAUCCCUCAUCCUCCCCCAGUGCUUUCUGCUGCUUGCUGUCAAAUACCAGAGCUAAGCAUCAGGCUACUGAAGCACAAACACAGACAGAAAUCAGCCAGACUAAGGUUGAUCUAACUUGGCAGAAGCACGUUCUCAUUGUUUUCAAAUAUACCUACUUUUCCUUGGUUUAACAGAGGGAAAAGUAUUCUCUUUGGACAGAACUGGACCGUUAUGAACGUUAGCUGAACGAUUAACUGAUUAGUGGUGUCAUUUGAUGGAUUGCCAAUGAUCUACCAACCAAAAUUAAUGAUUUACCAAAGAAGUAAUAUCUGCCAUCAAAUAAUUAACUGGUAUGGGUGAAAACCAUGGGUCUGAAUUCACUGAAGAAUUGAAUUCCAGUAUCACUACUCCUAUGUGCUGUAUUUGAGGCUAUAGCAUUUUAAUAUGUGAGGAUAACAUUGACCAACAUGCAAAUUGUCCAUCGAACAUUGUUCGAAAUCAUACUAUUUUGAUGUAGUUGCUAUUGAGAGGGAGAUCCACUCAAAGACUUUCCUUCUCCACACAACAUCUUGACUACGUGAAAAACUGUUAUGUGCCUUUAAAAAAUGCCAUACAUUAUCUAGUAUGUAUUAUCAAAUGAAAGAAAGAUGCUAACAGCUUUGCAAACUAUUUGCUAGAUUUUGUAUGAACGCAUCACCACUAAUCUAUGAAAGCGACACUUUGUAAAGCAGCCACAGGACACUGAUAUUUACUACAUUGUAUAUAUGUUAUGCAAGUAAAGUAUGCUUGAUUGAGUGUUUCAAUGCUGAUAACUGCAGUUUUGUGCAUACGACUUCUCCUGUGUCAAUUAUGUUUUCAAAGCAGUAUUUGCUGUCAUGCUUUAGUUGUUACUUACACCGUAUUAUGAUUAUUUGAAGAGAAUAAUAUGAGAGAAUAAUA